UCAACUGUGACUGACAGUGGGCGGUAGGCUUCCAACUGUCGCUUAUCACUCUUUCUCUCUCUCUCGGCCUGCCUUUUGUCCUACGUCAGCCCGUAUUCCUUUCGAUGACACUCGUCUAGUCCUCCGGCCGGUUUCGUCUCGCCGCGCCUCAAUCUCAGUCGUCGUCGGGCUAUAAAUGAAAGCGAAUCGCGAAAAAUUUUCUCAUUUAAAAUUGUUACGUUUGAAAGAUGUUUCACGCCUCUUUCACCCGUCAGUCGUUUCGUUACAAAAGUGACACAUACCAAAGAAAGAAGAAAAGAAAAUCGAAUUUAAUUCUUUUCUAAUACAUACUGACUUUCGUAAUUGACUGGCUAGGGAUGGUUAGGGAGAUUUAAUAAACGACUGUGUUGCCGACUCUGAAACAAUGAGAUCUUCAGGCGGAAAGAGAAAUUGUCUGAGUGUCUUUGCAGUGAUAACAGUUCUUGUCCUCAUCGAAUAUGGUGUUGUGCCCUUACUUCGGCCGCUUGGAUUCAUGUGCGGGGAUCCAAAACUUUCUCACAAAUUUGCAGGAGACACGGUGUCACCCAAGCUACUUAUAUCUGUUACAGCUGCAUCUCCUCUUGUUAUAGUAUUAUUGACUGAAUGGUGGUGUUCAAAAAGUGGCCCCCACAGGAGCUGGGUAAAACAGUCGUUGAUCUGGUAUAUGGACUUUCUCGCAGGAUUUCUUUUAUUGACUACAGUGAUUGUGAUCUGUAAGUGUAUGGUUGGAGAACCUAGGCCUCAUUUUCUAGACACUUGCCAACCCAAGGAGGCGAUCAACUGUUCUCAAAAGUUUGUGACUAACUUUAAUUGUCAAAAUAAAAACGCAUCGCAGUAUUUUAUCAGCGAUGCGAGCAAAUCAUUUCCAUCAGGCCAUGCUGCGUUUUCAUUCUACUUGUUUAUUUUCGUUGCAUGGUUUUUACAGACAAGGCUACACAGGGUACAACCUAUUGUAUUAAUUUGGUUACAAACUAUCUGUUUUCUGUGGGCAUCAUUUUGUGCUUUGUCUAGAAUUACGGAUCAUAGACAUCAUUGGUGGGAUGUAUUAGCUGGUGCACUUUUGGGAACUUUCAUAGGAGUAUGCUCGGUGAAAUCAUUUUGUUGUGGAUUUAGAACAGAAAUGAAUCACAGUAUUACAACAAACAAAGAUGGCAAAUCGAACGAACCUAUGAAAUUUGCGACUGUCGGAGAAAGGAAUGUGUCAACAAGAUGGCUUUUGGAAAAGAACAGCAAUUACAGCACUGAAAAUGUUUCUUCAAUAAUGUAGUAUAUUUAUAAUAAAACAAUAAUUUUACAAAAAUA